GCGCGACCCGCUCGGGCACACCACAACGAGCAGCUCAUGGAGAAAACGAACCGCGAGGCGGAAAAAGGAAAAGGUAAUCAAAUUUCGACAAGCGAUAUUGAUAGAUAGCUGCUGCCAAGCGCUGGACAGCCGCGGACGGUGGUUGUAGCAGAGCGUCGACGGACAAAAGACGACGGUAAUCGUUUUGUUAUCGAGUGCGAAGAAAAAAAACACAUCGUACAGAGUGCUGCUUUGGCGCACCCCGUGUUCGCGGUAUAGUGGAAGUACCCCUCGACCGCUGACCACCGGCAUCGCCGACGACAUCCCCCGUCCCGGCACUAAUGGGUUCAUCUGCCGAUUUCAAGAGUCUCGAAGAUGAACUGAUCGACAAUGUGGAGAAGGACGUGCGUUACUGGCAACAGAACGACGCCAAGUUGAGGGCCGUGAAGAGCGUGUCUACUUACCAAGAGUUCAGCGAUAUCGUCAAGGCGGCUCAUUUGCGUCCGCUGUCCAAGAAAGAAAUCGAGUGCAAGAGCAACCCUUCCUCGGUGUGGAAUAACGUAGUGGCAACUCACAACAUGCAGGACAGCAAGCAGCUGAGUUCUGAUUUUGUGGUUGCCGAUGUCGACAUCAAGGAUAACAUACCGAGCGCUUGCUCUCCAAUAGUCCAAGAGUUUAUUUUGAGUUUCCACCGUCUUAGCACAGCCAAACACAGGUACAAGUAUUUGAGUUUACAUGGUGCUGAAAAUGUGGCCGCUACGUUUCAUACCGAAGAGAUACCUCCAUCUAUCCUUGUCGAACUCCUCGAAACACUACUCAUAUUUCCGUCAAAUAGUGUUCCCGACAUAGUUGCAGUCACCAGACUUUUAGAUGUGAUCACCGGUACAAAAAGAUUUGAAUUAGCCAUUGAGUUUUUGAGUUCAACUGAAUUGGACACAUUGUGUAAUCUGUUCAACAAACUAGAGGAGAGUCUCAAGUCUGGUCAACAAGAUUUGGCUGAACAAGGAGUGACUGAAUGGAGUUUGAGUACACUGAGAAGAAAAUAUAAAGUUUAAUCAAAUAACGAUCGUUCAGUUUUAAUAGUGAAUAUAUUCCUGAUCCUCCAUACCUUAUACUUACCUACAUAUCACAUAAAUCCUUUUACCAUUUUAAGUGUUUAUAGCGGAAGAAUAAAAUAACGACUGUUAUUAUGGUCACAUCAUAGAUGCAAUUUCUUUAUAACAUCCCAUUUCAAAUAUCCCAACACACAAUUUGUGGCAAUAUGUAUUAUUUAUUUUAUUUUUAUUAUGAAAGACUGAUUAUACUCCCAAUAUAAUAUUAUAAUUAUACUGGUUAUCAUUUUAUUUUGCUUUAUAAUAUGUUGACAAAAAUUUGUAUUUGUUUUUUUUUAUGUAUUCAUUAUUACAAAAAUAUAAUAUUUAAGACCAAAUUA